GGACGGACAACAGGAAUGCUAGUAGAGUAGGUAUAGGAAAGGACAGCUCCUUGAAAUCCCCAUUUCCUUUGCUUCCUCUCUCUCUCUCUCUCUCUCUUAGUCGUUAUACGAGACUGCUUUGGGUGGAGGACCGGAUGCCUUGGAUGUGCGAGUGGGUGGUGCUUUGUGAUCUUCUAUUUCUUCCUAUCCAUUAAUUGUGAACAUUGAAAGGGAGGAAGAAAGUCUCUCUCUACUGUCAUCUCAGUUUCCAUCUCUGCGGCUUCUUGGCACUCCACUCGCCCACCCAGCUCGACCCAGCUAGAUCCGCUUAACAUCCUUCGGUAUCCAUGAAAAGGUAUCUUCUGAGGAUUCUCCGGUGUAUGCUAUUUCCUGCAAUUUCUUUCAAUCUCUCUCCCUUUCCUCGCUUUGUAAUGGGUCGUAUUUCCUCCGACUGAAGGGAGAGAUCUAAUAUAGGAAUCGUUUCUUCAGAUUUACUGUUGCCAUCCGUCAAAGAUUUAUGGCAUCAAAUUAGUUGAAGAGAGGAUAAAAAGGGUGGUCGGUCUCCUGUUGUGUGUUAAUUCUCCCUUUUUUCCUUUGAGGGGUUAUUUGGGAGCUGAAACCCUUUGUUAUGCUGGAGACUACGCCUAAGCAUAGGAGAAGACCCUGUGGCAGUACAGCUUUUGGGAGAGUACUCCUGCUGAAAGAUCCGGAGACAAUUGAGAGGCCCUUCUUCAGAUGUUAUCCACUGAGAACCCUCCAGACCCUGCAUGUUCCUCCAAGCUUUCAGCAGUGAGAACUAAUGCGAGAUCUUCUUACACAAGCCUUCCCUCCCAAGAGGAAGAUCCUGUAGUCCUCGAAGAGAGAACAGCCCCCAAUUUCUCUAUCAGAGAUUAUGUUUUUACAUCACGGAGCAAAGGGAUUGAAGCUUCUUGGCCAUUUGCACCACAGUUCUUGCAACUUUGCUUGAAGCAUGGCGUCAAUGAUCUAUUGCCACCCUUUGAACACCCUGAUAUAGUGAGAACCCAGAGUAUUGGCGAGGUAGAAGAAUCUGUCCAAUCUGCUGCAUGUUCAAAGCCUGAAAAACUUGCAAUACAUUCUUAUGUUCUUGAGCCUACAGAUCCUGUUCCUUCUGACGGAGAGCUUGUUACCAUCCAGCAGGAGUCGGUCUCGACCUUACAGGAACUGGUUUUAGACUGUCUGGAUCCAACUAUACAUUCGUCACCUAAAGAUGCGAAGUCUACAUUUUAUGAAGGAUUUAAAGCGAAUAAACUGAGCCAUAGUGAUGUCGGAAUUGCCUUGACAGCAAGAACAUCUCAACAAGCCGAAGUGAUUUCAAGUCAGAUCGACAUCCUUCCUUGUUCAAUAUCUCAAAGUGGAAAUUCUGUCAAAACACAGUUUCAGCCAGAGUUUAGUGAUCCUAGCCAUAACCUUGAAAAGUUUGGUGAACCUUUGGAAAAGAACAGGUUGGUACCCCAAUUGGGUACCAUUUUGGAGACUAGCCAGGCAGACCACCUUGUAAAUAAUCCUGGCAUGAUUAUGCAUCCUAUGGCUUCAAAGGUUUGCCCUGUUUGUAAGACAUUUUCUUUCACUUCAAUCACCACUUUGAAUGCUCACAUAGACCAGUGUCUCUCGAUGGGGUCUAAUUGUAAGGAGGUGGUGAAUCAUGUUGCCAAAUAUACAGUAAAGCCGAGGAAGAAGAGGUUGAUGGUGGAUAUCUAUGCCACUGCUCCCUGCUGUACUCUUGAGGAUCUUGAUAAAAGGAAUGGUACAAACUGGGCUUCUGAAUUGGCUCUAAUAGCAGCACCAAUUAACAAGGUUGGUACUCACAGCAAAAGAACAGAGGUGUCACCAACUAAUUCUACACAUGAUGGAAAUGGAACAGUUCAUGUUGAUUCAUGUGGUGGAAAACUUAGUGUUUUAUCUAUGUUUAAUGAACAAACAUUAUCAAGCGAGAACUUUGAGCUGAGGAAUCAUGCAAAGGAGUCAAAGGAAAGCAUGGGAUUUUUGGCCAGCAAGAAAAAUAAUUUUGCACCAGAGCACUUGAAAAGUAUGAAUUCAGAGGCACAAAAAGAGCAAUUGAUCUCAUUCGAUAUGUUGCCGAAACAGAUUCAAGCUGCAGCUGAAAAAGAUUGCAGAACAGAGAGUCAUCAAAAGAAUGCCAAAUCCCCAUCUCAUGUAUCAGAUUCAAGAGUCCAUGACAAGAGCAUUGCAUCUGCAACUAUAAAACAGUGGGCACGCUCUAGGCGCUCAGAUAUCCUGCAAAAACGGACCAGAAAAGGCAACUGUAGUAAAUUGGAUGAUAUGAUACCCAUUACUAGGAGCACGCAGAUCACCAGUGUCCAACCAGAUUCGGGCAGAUCUACUGAUAUGAAAACACAGCCCCUGAAACUCCCUAGGUUGUCUGAAAACAUGACUGGUUCUCCAAAGACAAAUAGAGUUGGUUUCCUGCAUAAUGCAGUCUGCAGCAUGGAUGAAAGGAAGAGAGAGUCACCAGAGCUGCCUUCCUCAAGUUCCAGAUGGCCUUCCAAAGGUGCUGGUUCAGCAAAUGGACUUAUCUUGAAAUUAUCAAGAUCGUCGGGUCACUUCACAUGUUCAUCAAUAAUGAAAUCAAAAGAGACUAACACUGGGACUCAAGAACACUUUGAUAACACUUCUAAAAGGAAAAUGGUUAUUUCGAAGAGCUGUUCAAUGCUGAGGGACCGAAGAAGUCCAACUUUAAAGAAGAAUGUCAUGGUUAAGAGACCAUUUUGUUUGGAAGCAAGGAAAGUCAGGGCAAUUGAGAAACAAUCUAUUUUCAAAAAGUUUCAUAAGCACAGAACUAUUUUGAGGACUGGUCAGAAAGGACUCCCACAAUCUAACAAUGCAGGAGUGUGUAGUCCUACUGAUAAUACUCACCUUCUCAGAAAAAAGGUAAAAAGGACGCUGAGAUCUCAUCAAUCUUAUACGCCAGGGAGUAUUACAAAGAUCGGAGAAGGAGAGGUCAUGAAUGAAGUGUUGCCAAGCAGAGAAAAUAUUAGAGAAUAUUCAAGCAUAAUGGAACAGCAGGUAAAUAAUAGUUUAGAAAACACGACUUCAGGAGCUCAAAGUCUUGAUACUGAAAUUGAAACUUCAGGAACGCAAGUAGCGAUCGUUGACUCUGGAGAUUAUGUGACUAAAACUUGUGUGGAAGAAGCUGUUUGUGAUCCUACUGCUUAUGACAAUGUGAACUCAGAAAAGACCGAACCACGUUUGAGUACCCAAUCACAUUCUUGUUCAUGUGAAGAAGAUGUACAGCCUAUAUCUGAAAGUGAAGCCGGUGCAGAACAACCGAAGCAAAUAUGCGAUGAUCAGCAGAAGUUUCUUGGCAAUGGAUCCUCCAAUGAAAUUGGAAACCAAGAGAUUCCAAUGGCCGAUGUCCGAGGGACAAAAGAUUCUUGUGCAAUUCAGCCUAAAGAAUGCCACACUGAUUCUAGUUCAGUUCAAGAAUCUAGUGAUUGUUUGACAAGUCAUGGUGAUGUGGACCUCGAACUCGCUGAAAAGGGCUCAUCUAUAAACUCUGUUAGAAUAGCAGCAAGUCAUAUCGAGAAUUUGGAUAGCAAAGGGGAACCAUCCGGAUCAUCUGUUUCAACUGUUUCAGCUGUCUCUUUACCAUCACCGACGGAUUCCAAAUCUCAAAACUUCGAGACAGAACCAACGUCCAGAGCCAUUAGUGACCAAGAUAAUCUACAUUUUGCAAUUCCAUCUGCAGGAAGGGCUGAAGCAACUCGAUAUUUAAACAUGGAGAAGAGAAAACAAGAAAAAAGGGGAAGUGUGCCAGAUAAAGAACCUGAUCGGUGUUUGGAUGAUAAGUGUUUCUUCUACUCAUGUAAGGAGAGUCUUAGCAGAGAUUCCGAAAUAUGCUUAGAAAAUAGCAUUGCCAGGACUACCAAGUUGAAGUGUGUACCCAACUUGUGCAUCGGCCCCAGAAAUUCUUCCUCUUUCAGUAUCUACGAAAAUCAUACAAGCAAUGCAGUGGUGAACUCAAAAACUGGACCGCCUAAUCAGUUCGCUUCCGCGAAGAGUUCACUAGAUCCAACUUGUGACAGUACAUUGCCUCAGACUCAAUCUGUUUCCAGUCCUACACUAAGAUUGAUGGGUAAAAACUUAGUGGUGAUGAAUCAUAAAGACCUUGUGCAACCUCAAACUACUGCAUUGGAUUGCACACAACAGGUGAAUCUUCAUAGAAAUGGAUGUACUUCCACCAACAAUCGCUUGAAGCAGGAGAAUUUUCUAUACCAGCACGGUCAGCUUUCAAGUGGGUCUCCAUCCUUUGGCCCAGCUUUACUAAUGAGCGAUCACCACAUGUCCCUAAAUUUACAUGUCACCCCGGUCAGUGGCUUUGCAUGGACUCCACUGCAGAAUGGUUAUCCAGCAAAACCUGAUCAACAGACUCAGCAGAGGAACUCACAUAAAAAGCUCAAGUCAUCUCAUAGUAUAAUGGACAAGGUGAUUGUGAUCGAUGACUCUCCGAAGCAUCAGACUGAUGCAGAAGUCUCCUUAUCAGCUUCAGCAAGCACUCUGCCUCUGACUCCAUCAGAGAGACCAGUCACCUGUUAUCCACUACAACAACAAAUUAGAGAUUAUCCGAGACCGUUGCUUCCCAAUGUAUAUUCAAGUGCCAAUUCCAGUUUCAUGAAUCAAGGAAUCGAGAAGGGUCCUUUCAUGUCAAGCCCCACCUUGUUCCAGUUUCCUAUAGCUCAAAGGGGACCUUCGAUGUGUUACGAGCGGACCCUGCAUUAAUCCUACUGUUUAAUAUAUGCAUAAACAGGUUUUCACCUCAACUUUCAGGAUGCAGUUAUCUUCAUUGUCUGUGGAGGCCAAGCAACCUCCAAGAAUUGCCGCCUGAUACAGCAAGAAGGCGACAACCCGAUCAAAGGAAUCAAGCUGGGGAAAAGUUUGUGAUCAGAGUUCCAAAAUAGAUCAGCAUGUACUUAAUUUGCUAUUCUGAAGCUCCAAUAGGCAGAAAAGCAGAAGAGUUUCCUUUCUUUACAGUUGCAGUGCAUCAACUUUUAUACAAAUUGUGAAUAAUCAUGCACCAACUUGUUCUUCUAAUGAGGACUACAGGUUUGUUUGGACUGUA